AUGUUGGCUGAGGAGGCUGCCGCUACCGCGACCGAGGUCCCAGCCGCCGCCGAGGAGGCGGAGGCCAAGCCCGCCAAGGCCAAGAAGGCGCCCAAGGAGAAGAAGGAGAAGAAGCCCGCCACGGCGAGGAAGCCGCUCGCCCACCCGCCGUAUGCCGAGGGAAGAGACAGCCGAGCGAGCGGGAGCACACGUGGCUCGAGGCAAAGCACGCGCAGCGCGUUGGCCAGCAGCUCGCGCAAGUACGUGGAGGAGAAGCACGGCGCGAAGCUGCUGCCCAACUUCCGCAAGCUGCUGGCCGGGCAGCUCAAGAAGCUCGCGGCCGCGGGGAAGCUGACCCGUGUGAAGAACUCGUUCAAGCUGGCCGCCGCCGGACGGGAGCUUACAAUCUACACAUGA